GAGUUCAACCGUUCAGAGAGUGAUUAAUAAACGGAAGGGAAAAGUGAAAGUCAGAUGGCUGGAUGAUUUGCCGACUUGCCACACAAGAGCUCCUCCUCCAUUACCUCCGUGACUCCGUGUCUUCGUCUCGCUGUCUCUCUGUGUGUGUGUGGCCGUGUCUCCCCAGCAUCACCAACUCUCCAGGCCUCCGCAGUCCUCACCCGCGAGGGAACGCGCCGCGCCGUGACGCCGCGGAUUCUUGGGCGCCGGCAUUGAGGCGGGAAGCGCGGCAGGCUGCAUCAGGAGCUCAGAGGUGAUUCAUUUCUGGGGGCAUCAACUAUAUUCAAUUUUCAAAAGAUGGUUUGCUGUUUUAUGUGUGGGACAGGCAUGAAACAAAAUACUGAAAAUGAAGGAGGAAGCAAGGUGAAGAUUUUUUCCUAUCAUGAGAUGAGGAAAGCUACACAUGAUUUUAGUAGGGCAAAUAAGAUCGGUGAGGGUGGUUUUGGCUCCGUUUUCAGGGGAAAGCUUAAAGAUGGAACAAUUGUUGCAGUGAAGGUCCUUUCUGCUAGUUCAAGGCAGGGUAUCCGAGAGUUUGUAACUGAACUUACAGCAAUUUCAGAUAUCGUACAUGAAAACCUAAUUACCUUGGUUGGUUGCUGUGCCGAAGGGUCUCAUAGGAUUCUUGUGUACAACUAUAUUGAGAACAAUAGUCUUUCAUAUACACUUCUAGGUGACAUGCUUACCAACUUCAUUCCUCUAACAAUUCAAUUUUCUAGUAGCUAUGUGAUAUGUGUGUACUCAUAUGGUAUUGCAGGUUCAGGCCGGAGCAACAUCCGGUUCAAUUGGAGAGCUCGUGUCAAAAUUGCUGUAGGUGUUGCUCGUGGGCUUGCUUAUCUUCAUGAAGAAAUUCGCCCCCCUAUAAUUCAUCGAGAUAUAAAGGCAAGCAAUAUUCUUCUUGACAAGGAUCUUACCCCAAAGAUUUCUGAUUUUGGGUUGGCAAGGCUCCUCCCACCAAAUGCAACUCAUGUGAGCACUAGGGUUGCAGGAACAAUAGGAUACCUGGCUCCUGAAUAUGCUGUCAGGGGACAAGUUACAAAGAAAUCAGAUAUCUAUAGUUUCGGUGUUGUGCUACUGGAAAUUGUUACUGGUAGAUGUAACCAUAAUAGUAGAUUGCCUCAGGGAGACCAAUUUCUGCUUGAGAGGAUAUGGACAUACUAUGAGCAAAGAAAACUAGAGGAGAUCAUAGAUGCUGAAGUAGGGGAGGACCUGAAUGUUGAAGAGGCAUGUCGUUUCUUGAAGGUUGGUCUACUAUGCACCCAAGACGCGAUGAAACUGCGUCCAAAUAUGGCCAACAUUGUCCUAAUGCUGAUAGGAGAGAAGGAAGUCUCCAUGGACAGGGUCACCAAACCAGCUGUGAUCGGUGACCCAUACCUCAAUGGAAACAACGAUCAGAGAACUGCAGACUCUACCACAUUGAGAUCCUUUGCCACAACUGAACCUUUAACAUCAUCAGAAGCAAACACAGAGUGGUCACUGUGAUAAAAAAAAACUGGUAUACAAAAAAUGUCAUAGAUUAAAGGGGGAGAGAUAGAUGGAGAAUUAUUUUUGUGGAUGCUGCGAUGCUAAAAAAUACUGCAUCGCUUCUGUUGAUUAUGUUCGAUUGUUAUUUCAUCUGUCUUUGUAUAUACUCGAAAUGAAACCAUUGGAGUGAAAUGAGGGUUGAAUAUACUUCUCUCAUCUGUGUUAGAAGUACAUAUAUUGAAUCAUUAGGGUUUCUACCA